AUUUUAAACACAAUAAAUCCAAUUCACUGACUUAUCGUAGCCGCUUCUGAAACCAGAAUCCUUCAUUUAUAUUCCCGCAAACAUAUAUAUCACGCCCCAACAUGGACGAUAACGAGGACGAUCUAGAAGAGCAUCCCGAGGGUAUGCUCACCGACGGCAGUGUGGAGGAGGAGGAGGAUGAGGGCGGCGAUCAGGAGCCCGUAGGACCGAUCGAAAGUUGGGAGUCCUUCAACGAGCGUGUCGAGGGCCUAAUCUUCAACGAGCACUGCGACAAGACAGUGCGAAAGCUGGACGAUCGCCGGUUGGAUAUCCUCAACCGAGUGCGUCAGCAGUUCCGCGAAGCACCCAAGGGUGUGGCCGAACGAUGCAAGGCCCAAAAGUCGCCCAUUGACCAGCAGCUGGAACUGUCCAGCGAGCGUCUGGACGAGCUGGUGCGCUUCGGCAACGAGCUGGUGACCAAUGUCCGGGUGGCCAACGAGCGCCGCGAACUCAAUCGCCGGAUGUUUGAGGCGGGGCAGCGGGGCCACAUGCAGAUAAAGCUGCAGCGCGAGACCAUAGAGACUCUGGCUCGCUUUAGUGAUGUCAAAUCGCGCUGGACGGAGCUGGAAGAGUACACCGAACCGAUGGUGCUGUGGGACCAGAUCGAGGAGCAGAAGCGAAACGUAGCAGAGAUCAUGGCUCACAAAGAUGAAAUAAUUGCGGCCUGCCAGAAGGAGGUGGACCGGAUGAAUGCCAAGUACGAUUUUGAUAGGCAGGCGCAGGCACAGGAUCUGGCCUGCCUCGUGGAGCGGGUGGAGCACCAGGUGGAGACCCUGAAGCAGGCCUACAAGCAGCACCUGGAGAUGCUGAGCAACACCAUCGAGGAGGAGCGCCAGAUCUUUGCCAUGGGCGCGGAGGAGAAGUGGCGCUCCUAUUUCAAUGCCAUGAACAUGAACUUGGUGGAGAAAACGAACUUUGUGCGGGCCCGAGAGCUGUUUUAUGCCGCCCAGACCCAGCAGAUUAACGAGUCCCAGGAGGAGCUGACCAAGAGUACACGCAUCCGGCUGGAGAAGGAGUGCGAGCGGCUGGAGCUGGAACUGCGCAGGGCUCGGGAUUAUGCUUUGAUGAACUCCGAGAAGCUGGACUACAACUACCAGGUGCUGCAGAAGCGAAACGAGGAGAAUGUGGUGAUCAACAAUCAGCAAAAGCGACGCGUGGCCCGCCUCCACGAGAUCAUUGCUCGGACUAGGCAGUCCUUAAAGAACCUCAUCGAGUCUGGCCAGCGGAAUAUAUCGAAGUUAUCCAUGGAAAUCUACAAGCUGCAUGCCCACAUCAACGACAUGGAAUCAAAGGCUCUGCAUGCGCGGCUCAAUAAUCGAGAUAAGUUCGAUCGCAUCUGGGAGAUCAACUAUAAGGAGCUGAAUCUCCUGGUGGAUCGUGUCUACCACAUUGAUCGCAUUAUUCAUGAGCAGCAGCUGUUCCUGCCCUGGACUUGCCCCGUUCCCCCAAUACCAAACAUCAACAAGGCCAAGAGGAAGCGCCAAAAUAUCCUGGAGAAGUUUGACAUGCGCAUUGGCCGGGUGCCCAAGAAUCGAGUGGUGAAUAGAGCCUCUGGUGGCGGCAAGCAACGUCCAGAUAUCAAGGAACUUCCACCGGAUUCAUUGCGUCUGAUGCGUAACCUAAUGCGGAAGCUAUCCGAUCGUGGUGGCUUUCUCAUCGAGGAGCGUCUGCUAAAGAUUUUGGAGCCCUACUCCGAGGAGGACAAUUGUCUGGUACGCAUCGACAAUAUAUUUGCGGCCCUGCGCAUUCGACAUCUGCGGGAUGUCAAGGAGCUGACCAAGGUUUUUAUGCCCUACACCUACUGUCCCACCUGCCAGCCCCAGGGUCUAAGUCCACGCAAGUGUGCCGAGGUGUUUAUGAAGGACACAAAGCCCCACAAGCUGGGCAGCGGCCGCAAGUCCUCGGUCUUACCGGAUAAGUUCCUUAUCAAGCGCGACGAUGUGGUCAAAAAGUGCAACAACCACUAUUUGGUCAUGGAGCCCGCUCUCUGUCUGCACGCCAUGAAUCUGUUUACCUCCAAGAUGCACAAGCAGAUGUACGAGCAUGUGCCCGGCGCCACCAUGAAUGCGGUGAAUCUCAUCGAGAUCACGGACAACCAAAUUCGUAACUUUUGGCGUCAGUUUGCAGCCUGCUUUCCGCCUGCCAAGUGCAAGCUUUGGAAGACUCUGGAGCAUGGCUUGAAUCACUACGUGGAGGUGCUCAAGCAGCGGGUGCAGAACGAUAAGGAGGUGGUUUUCCUGCGGCGCCAGAAUGAGGAGCUGCGUCAUCUGCUACAGAAGUUUACUGUCUAAUCAUACGAAAUAUUGUAAAUGUAAAAUUUUAUUUGUGGUUUAGUAUAGAAUUCUUGAAAAUCUUUAGGGAACCUAUAUUGAAAAUUAUAAUUUUAUGUUUAA